CUUAAACGCCGGCGGCGAGAGCGCCGUAAUACCGCAGCCGCGUUGUCCCGAAGCGACGCGUCACCGUGUCCGGCGACUUCCAACUUCCAGCGCCGGCGGUGGGCCUAUGUCCCGAUCGGAACGAGCUUUAAAGCUGGUUAACAAGAAACAAGAUUCAGAAACUAGUGCUGCGAAGAAAAAGGUUAACAAAGGAAAGGAAGGUUCUGAAAACUCAGAUUUGGAAAAAACUCCGCCACCAUCACCUCAUCCUGAAGAUGAAGAUGACCCAGGGGUUCAGAAGCGACGCUCCAGCAGGCAGGUGAAGAGGAAACGUUAUACAGAAGACCUGGAGUUCAAGAUUUCGGAUGAGGAGGCUGAUGAUGCUGAUGCUGCUGGAAGAGACUCUCCUUCAAAUACUUCUCAGUCAGAGCAACAGGAAUCUGCUGAUGCUGAAGGCCCUGUUGUGGAGAAAAUCAUGAGUAGCCGCUCAGUCAAGAAAAAGAUGGAGAACGGAGAGGAGGUAGAAGUAGAGGAAUUCUAUGUAAAGUACAAAAACUUCUCUUACCUUCAUUGUCAGUGGGCAUCUGUGGAAGAGCUGGACAAAGACAAGAGAAUUCAGCAGAAGAUUAAGCGGUUUAAGGCAAAACAGGGCCAGAACAAAUUCCUUUCAGAAAUUGAUGAUGAGCUUUUUAAUCCAGAUUAUGUGGAAGUUGAUCGAAUCAUGGAUUUUUCACGUAGCACAGAUGAUAAUGGAGAGCCUGUAACACAUUAUCUGGUGAAAUGGUGUUCGCUUCCGUAUGAAGACAGCACUUGGGAGCUCAAGCAAGACAUCGACCAAGCUAAGAUCGAAGAAUUUGAGAAACUGAUGUCUAGGGAGCCAGAAAUGGAGCGUGUGGAGCGACCUCCUGCCGAUGACUGGAAGAAAUCGGAGAGUUCCAGGGAGUAUAAAAACAAUAACAAACUCAGGGAAUACCAGUUGGAGGGAGUAAACUGGCUUCUUUUCAAUUGGUACAACACACGAAACUGCAUUUUAGCAGAUGAAAUGGGGUUGGGAAAGACUAUCCAGUCCAUUACGUUUCUCUAUGAGAUAUAUUUGAAAGGAAUCCAUGGUCCUUUCUUGGUUAUUGCACCGUUGUCCACAAUUCCCAACUGGGAAAGGGAGUUCCGCACCUGGACAGAGUUGAAUGUGGUUGUGUAUCAUGGGAGUCAAGCAAGCCGGCGGACCAUUCAGUUGUAUGAAAUGUAUUUCAAAGAUCCACAGGGUCGUGUGAUAAAGGGGUCCUACAAGUUCCAUGCCAUUAUCACAACAUUUGAAAUGAUCUUGACUGACUGCCCGGAGCUGCGUAACAUUCCAUGGCGUUGCGUGGUCAUUGAUGAGGCCCACAGGCUGAAAAACAGGAACUGUAAGCUUCUGGAGGGACUCAAGAUGAUGGACCUGGAACACAAAGUGCUGCUUACUGGAACCCCUUUGCAGAAUACAGUGGAAGAGCUGUUUAGCUUGCUUCACUUCUUGGAACCAGGUCGCUUCCCAUCAGAAACCACGUUCAUGCAAGAAUUUGGUGAUCUGAAAACUGAAGAACAGGUGCAAAAACUCCAAGCUAUUUUGAAGCCGAUGAUGCUGAGACGUCUCAAGGAGGAUGUAGAAAAGAACCUGGCCCCCAAAGAGGAAACCAUCAUUGAAGUUGAGCUGACAAAUAUACAGAAGAAAUACUAUCGGGCUAUUCUUGAAAAGAAUUUCACAUUUCUUUCCAAGGGUGGAGGUCAGGCAAAUGUACCUAAUCUGUUAAACACUAUGAUGGAACUAAGAAAAUGCUGCAAUCAUCCAUACCUUAUUAAUGGUGCUGAAGAGAAAAUUUUGGAAGAGUUUAAAGAAACACACAAUGCCGACUCUCCAGAUUUUCAGCUCCAGGCAAUGAUCCAGGCUGCUGGCAAGCUAGUACUGAUUGACAAGCUGCUGCCAAAACUGAAGGCUGGUGGCCACAGGGUGCUUAUCUUUUCCCAGAUGGUGCGCUGCUUGGACAUACUGGAAGACUACCUCAUUCAAAGACGGUACCCCUAUGAACGAAUCGAUGGCCGAGUAAGAGGCAACUUGCGUCAGGCAGCUAUUGACAGGUUUUCAAGACCUGAUUCUGAUAGGUUUGUUUUCCUGCUGUGUACAAGGGCAGGAGGUCUGGGCAUUAAUCUUACUGCUGCUGAUACCUGCAUCAUUUUUGAUUCAGACUGGAACCCCCAAAAUGACCUCCAGGCUCAAGCACGAUGUCACAGAAUAGGACAGAGCAAAUCAGUGAAAAUUUACAGGUUGAUAACAAGAAAUUCUUACGAAAGGGAAAUGUUUGACAAAGCUAGCUUGAAGCUUGGCCUUGAUAAGGCUGUGCUACAGUCUAUGAGCGGAAGAGAGAACGCUACAAAUGGGGUGCAACAGCUUUCUAAGAAAGAAAUAGAAGAUCUUCUUCGAAAGGGGGCAUAUGGUGCUCUGAUGGAUGAGGAAGACGAAGGGUCUAAGUUUUGUGAAGAGGAUAUUGACCAGAUUCUCUUAAGGCGGACACACACAAUUACUAUUGAAUCUGAAGGAAAAGGCUCAACAUUUGCAAAGGCUAGUUUUGUUGCAUCUGGGAACAGGACAGACAUUUCCUUGGAUGACCCUAAUUUUUGGCAGAAGUGGGCAAAGAAAGCGGAGCUGGAUAUCGAUGCUUUAAAUGGAAGGAAUAACCUAGUUAUUGAUACACCAAGAGUAAGAAAGCAAACCAGACUCUACAGUGCAGUCAAAGAGGAUGAACUGAUGGAGUUUUCAGACUUGGAAAGUGAUUCUGAAGAAAAGCCUAGCACAAAGCCCCGUAGGCCUCAGGACAAAUCGCAGGGGUAUGCAAGAAGUGAAUGUUUCAGAGUGGAGAAGAACUUGUUGGUUUAUGGCUGGGGUCGGUGGACUGACAUCCUCUCGCAUGGGCGCUAUAAACGUCAGCUCACAGAACAAGAUGUGGAAACCAUCUGCCGGACUAUCCUGGUAUAUUGUCUAAAUCAUUACAAAGGGGAUGAAAAUAUCAAAAGUUUCAUCUGGGAUCUGAUCACUCCAACUGCAGAUGGGCAAACUCGAGCUUUGGUUAAUCAUUCCGGUCUGUCUGCACCGGUGCCUAGAGGGAGGAAAGGCAAGAAGGUAAAAGCCCAGAGUUCACAGCCAGUGCUGCAAGAUGCCGAUUGGCUCACAACCUGUAAUCCAGAUGUAUUAUUUCAAGAAGAUAGCUAUAGGAAGCAUCUCAAACAUCACUGUAAUAAGGUCCUGCUGCGUGUCCGCAUGCUCUACUAUCUACGACAAGAAGUUAUAGGGGACCAAGCAGACAAGAUCUUAGAGGGUGCUGACUCAAGUGAAGUAGAUAUAUGGAUACCUGAGCCAUUCCAUGCCGAAGUUCCUGCAGACUGGUGGGAUAAAGAGGCGGAUAAAUCCCUUUUAAUUGGAGUAUUCAAACAUGGUUAUGAGAAGUACAAUUCUAUGAGAGCUGAUCCAGCACUGUGCUUUCUGGAACGGGUUGGCAUGCCUGAUGCAAAGGCCAUAGCUGCUGAACAGAGAGGGACAGACAUGUUAGCAGAUGGCGGUGAUGGGGGUGAAUUUGAUAGAGAGGAUGAAGAUCCGGAAUACAAGCCAACCAGAACUCCUUUCAAGGAUGAAAUUGAUGAAUUUGCCAACUCGCCUCCAGAAGACAAAGAGGAGUCCAUAGAAAUACACCCAAACAAGCACAGUGAAAGCAACGCUGAGUUAGGCCAACUCUACUGGCCCAACACUUCAACCCUGACUACCCGUCUGCGUCGCCUCAUUACUGCCUAUCAGCGCAGCUAUAAAAGGCAACAAAUGAGGCAAGAGGCACUAAUGAAGACUGACCGCAGGAGACGACGGCCUCGGGAAGAAGUGAGGGCACUGGAAGCAGAAAGGGAAGCUAUAAUAACUGAAAAACGACAAAAGUGGACAAGAAGAGAAGAAGCUGAUUUUUAUCGUGUGGUGUCUACUUUUGGAAUCAUUUUCGAUCCUGUAAAACAUCAGUUUGACUGGAAUCAAUUCAGAGCAUUUGCCAGGCUUGAUAAAAAGUCCGAUGAAAGUUUGGAGAAGUAUUUUAACGGCUUUGUGAAUAUGUGUAGACGAGUGUGCCGGAUGCCCGUCAAACCAGAUGAUGAACCGCCUGAUCUUUCCACUCUGAUUGAGCCGAUCACAGAAGAGCGUGCUUCUAGAACUUUAUAUCGCAUAGAGCUGUUGCGGAAAAUCCGUGAACAGGUUCUUCAUCACCCGCAGCUGGGGGAGAGGCUAAAGCUCUGCCAACCGAGCUUGGACCUGCCAGAGUGGUGGGAGUGUGGUAAACAUGACAAAGACUUAUUGAUUGGUGCUGCUAAACAUGGAGUCAGUAGGACAGAUUAUCACAUUCUGAAUGAUCCUGAACUCUCUUUUCUUGAGGCUCACAAAAACUUUGCUCAAAACAGAGGGACAGGUAAUGCAAACGCUGUCUCUUCUGUACACCCUAUGGGUGCUGGCUGCAGUCAAACACCGCCUAUUGUCCCUUCCACACCAGUACAAGAAGAAAAGACAACAGAACAAACGGAGUCUAAAGCCGAAGGGUCUGAAAAUCCAGCGGCCAAAGAAAAGUCUGAUGUCAAAGAGGAGACGGAUAAUGCAGAUAAGGACACUAAACCAGACUGUGAUGCUGAGGCUGAGCCUGGCUCUGUUAAAUGUGAAUUGAAAGAUAUAGAAAUGAGUACAGACGUAGACCCAAAAUCUAUUUCUGAGAAAGGUUCAGAAGAAGAUGAAGAGGAGAAGCUGGAUGAUGAUGAUAAAUCGGAGGAAUCCUCCCAGCCUGAAGUUAAUGCCUGUGCAGUUUCUCAGGGUAAGAAUUUUGAUGAAGAAAGCAAUGCCUCCAUGAGUACCGCAAGGGAUGAAACACGUGAUGGAUUCUACAUGGAAGAUGGGGAUCCCUCUGUGGUUCAGCUGCUUCACGAGAGAACGUUUGCCUUCUCUUUCUGGCCUAAGGACCGAGUAAUGAUCAACCGAUUAGACAACAUCUGUGAAGCAGUGCUGAAAGGGAAGUGGCCAGUAAAUAGGCGCCAGAUGUUUGAUUUCCAGGGGCUCAUACCUGGGUAUACUCCGACAGCUGUGGACAGCCCACUGCAAAAAAGGAGCUUUGCAGAGCUCUCCAUGGUUGGUCAAGCCAGCGUCAGCGGCAGUGAAGAUAUCACUGCUUCUCCUCAGUUAUCAAAGGAAGAUGCACUCAAUUUAUCGGUUCCACGUCAGAGAAGGAGGAGACGAAGAAAGAUUGAAAUUGAGGCUGAGAGAGCUGCCAAGAGAAGAAAUCUUAUGGAAAUGGUUGCCCAGUUACGUGAGUCUCAGGUGGUCUCAGAAAAUGGACAAGAAAAGGUUGUAGAUUUAUCAAAGGCCUCACGAGAGGCGACAAGUUCUACCUCAAAUUUUUCAUCUGUUACUUCAAAAUUUAUCUUGCCUAAUGUCUCCACACCUGUGUCUGAUGCCUUUAAAACUCAAAUGGAGCUGCUGCAAGCAGGUCUUUCACGCACACCCACAAGGCAUCUACUAAAUGGCUCUUUAAUAGAUGGAGAACCGCCCAUGAAGAGGAGGAGAGGAAGAAGGAAAAAUGUAGAAGGGCUUGAUCUGUUGUUUAUGAGCAACAAGCGGACAUCAUUGACCGUAGAGGAUGCAGAAGUGACCAAAGCUUUUGAGGAAGAUAUGGAAGCCUUACCAGCAAGGAACAUUCCAUCUCCUGGUCAACUGGACCCAGACACUCGCAUCCCUGUAAUCAAUCUAGAGGAUGGGACCAGGCUGGUGGGGGAGGAUGCUCCUAAAAACAAGGAUUUAGUUGAAUGGCUUAAAUUGCAUCCCACUUACACUGUAGAUAUGCCAAGUUAUGUACCAAAGAGUGCAGAUGUGCUGUUUUCCCCAUUUCAGAAGCCGAAACAAAAACGACACAGAUGUCGAAACCCUAAUAAACUGGAUAUAAACACCUUGACAGGAGAAGAAAGGGUACCUGUUGUAAAUAAACGAAAUGGAAAGAAGAUGGGUGGAGCUAUGGCCCCUCCAAUGAAGGACUUGCCGAGAUGGUUGGAAGAAAAUCCUGAAUUUGCUGUUGCUCCAGAUUGGACUGACAUUGUUAAACAGUCUGGUUUUGUUCCGGAGUCCAUGUUUGACCGUCUUCUCACUGGACCUGUUGUGAGGGAGGAAGGAGCAAGCAGAAGAGGAAGAAGGCCAAAAAGUGAAAUUGCCAAAGCAGCUGCAGCAGCUGCUGCUGUAGCAUCAACUUCGGGAAUCAACCCACUACUAAUGAACAGUCUGUUUGCUGGAAUGGACCUCACAAGCCUCCAGAACCUGCAGAACCUGCAGUCUCUCCAGCUCGCAGGCCUCAUGGGCUUCCCGUCAGGGCUAGCAACAGCUGCUGCUGCUGGGGGGGAUGCUAAAAAUCCGGCUGCCAUGUUGCCUCUGAUGUUGCCAGGGAUGGCAGGAUUGCCCAAUAUGUUUGGACUAAGCGGAUUGUUGAAUAACCCGAUAACGGCUACUACUGGAAAUGCCACUACUGCUUCCGGCCAAGGAGAGACUGAGGAUGGCGCUUCAAAAGCUGAAGAGAAGAAAAAUGAGAAUGAAGAGGAGAACAAAGACUCCGAGAAAAGCACAGACACUGUUUCUGCUACUGACUCUGCGAAUGGAUCUGUCAGUGCUGCUACUGCGGCGACUACCGCCACCACUACUACCACCACCAACACUGGAUUGCCCACAAACCCUCUGGCCUUCAAUCCUUUCCUGCUGUCUACCAUGGCUCCUGGCCUCUUCUAUCCAUCUAUGUUUCUACCUCCAGGACUGGGAGGAUUGACUCUACCCGGUUUCCCAGCACUAGCAGGACUUCAGAACGCAGUGGGCUCCAACGAAGAGAAGGCUACUGACAAAACUGAAGGAACUGCCUUUAAGGAUGAAGAAAACCUCGAAGGCAGUGAUGCAGAGGAGAGCCUUGAUAAAACUGCAGAUUCCUCCGUUUUAGAAGAUGAAAUAGCACAGGGUGAAGAAUUAGACUCACUUGAUGGGGGGGAAGAAAUAGAAAACAAUGAAAAUGAUGAAUAACCAGUACCAGUUACAGUUAAAGUGUUUUAAACUUUUGACAAGUGGUAGUCCUACUGUUUACACUCACAGUUAUUGUCCAUACUUAGUUUUUAUAAGCUGUUCUGUAACAUAGUGUAGCAAAAAAGAAAAAAAAAAGUUCAAGUCAUGUUAUACAGAUGUGUCAAAAGGUAUCUUGGUCAUUAAGUAUUGUGCAGUGCAUUAUUUAUUAUCCCUAGGAGAGAUGAAAUUUGAGAGGUGAUCAUGUCUUUUUAAGGAAAUUGACAUAAUGCUCUGCUUUUUUUUUUUUUUCUUUUGGUACCAUUGGUAUUAUGAAUUAAGCAGCAAUUUGUUACCAAGUGGCACUAAUAGAAGGAAGUGCUGCUUAAAGGAAGGAUGAAGUUAUUUAAUUUUUUAAUUUUUAUUUCUUUUCUUGCUGUGAAGGUCAAGAUGAAAUUUACCAUACAUAUCGUACUCGCGCUUCAUUUUGACUGUAUGGGAGCUCACCCGCUCGCACGCGUGCACACACCCCCACACCCACACACACACACUCUCUCUCUGACAAUCUUCAUGAUAGUGUGAAUGUCUCUGUCUUGAGACGCAGCAAUAAUAAGGCAGCUGUUGAAUGUGAAGAGUACCUUUUGGAAAUUAACCCGCGGAGAAGGUUCUUACAGGAUAAAGCUACAGUUUAAUCGUCUCGUGAUCUUGUAAUGCACUGGUAUAAACAAAAAGAAAAAAAAAUCAGGUACCUUUUUUAAAUUAAAGGACUUUGUUACUUUAGCCACAAAGCUAAACAGCAUUACCUCAACUCUAAACUAGCCUUGAAGUUUACAGACAUGACUUUGUAAAUGUAUUGUUUUUCUUUGUUGUGAUGUCUUUUUAUUUUUUUUUUCCUUUGGAAACUGCUAUCAUGUAAGAUAAGAUGUAAAUUGCUGCCAACUGUAGUAAUGAUGCUUUUAAUAAAAGUGACCCAUGAUAUGCAG